GAGCCAAGCCGCAAGCAGAGCCUUCAACGCGGCAAAGCUUCCCUGCGAAGCCGCGGUCUUCAGCCGGAUCCCAGCUCCGGCAUGAGCGCAGCCUCCAGGAAGCCGCCCGUAUUUAUACCUUGUUAUACCUUCCUUUCUUCCCCAGCUCCGAGCAGCGGAAUCGAGCAAAGCAACCGUACCCGCACUGCGUCACGCUUCCCCGCUUCAUAAUACUCGCUCCUCCCGCCCCCGAUCCCUCGCCCCAGGUUCAGUCUCUCGGUUUCCGAAGCAUCCCCGCCGCUCCGGCCUCCACCUCCCCCGGCUCCAAUGGCGCUGCCCUACCUGGAGGCCGUGCUGUGCUUUAUGAUUCUCAUGUACAUAUUUGAGACAUAUCUUGACAUCCGUCAGCAUAGAGCCCUCAAGUUGCCAACUUUGCCAAAACCCCUGGUGGGAGUGAUUAGUGAUGAAAAGUUCAAACGUUCCAGAGAUUAUAGCCUCGACAAAAGCUACUUCCAUUUUGUUCAUGAGGCUGUGACUAUAUUAAUGGAUACCACAAUACUGUACUAUAAAGUUCUUCCCUGGUUUUGGAAGAGAUCUGGAGAAUUAGUUACAAAGGUUGGUUUAAAUGCUGAGAAUGAAAUAAUACACACCCUUGCAUUCUUAGCUGGUGCUAUGGUUUGGUCACAGAUUAUAGACUUGCCAUUCUCUCUUUAUUCAACUUUUGUCAUAGAGGCUCGUCAUGGUUUUAACAAGCAAACUAUAUGGCUCUUCAUUAGGGAUAUGGUCAAAGGAAUUUUACUAUCCAUGAUAUUGGGGCCACCAAUCGUGGCUGCUAUCAUCUACAUAGUACAGAUUGGAGGACCUUACCUGGCCAUAUAUCUCUGGGGUUUUAUGUUUGUAUUAGCUCUCCUGAUGAUGACAAUAUAUCCCAUCGUGAUAGCUCCUCUGUUCAACAAGUUCACACCUCUUCCUGAAGGAGUACUCAGGGAGAAAAUAGAGAAGUUGGCAGCUUCCCUCAAGUUUCCUUUGAAAAAGCUUUUUGUGGUAGAUGGGUCUACCAGAUCAAGCCACAGUAAUGCUUACAUGUACGGGUUUUUCAAGAACAAACGCAUAGUACUGUAUGACACGUUAAUUCAGCAGUGCAGUAAUGAGGAUGAGAUAGUUUCUGUUAUUGCACAUGAACUUGGGCACUGGAAACUCAAUCAUACUGUCUAUUCCUUUAUAGCUGUCCAGCUGCUUAUGUUUCUGCAAUUUGGAGGAUAUACUCUAGUAAGGAACUCCAAAGAUCUGUUUGAGAGUUUUGGUUUCGAGGAUCAGCCAAUAAUAAUUGGAUUGAUCAUUUUCCAGCACACCAUAAUACCUCUCCAACACCUUCUGAGCUUUUGCCUGAACCUUGUCAGCAGAGCAUUUGAAUUCCAGGCCGACGCCUUUGCCAAGAACCUUGGAUAUGCCCCUCAGCUCCGAGCGGCCCUUGUUAAACUACAGGAGGAGAACUUGUCUGCAAUGAACACCGAUCCAUGGUAUUCUGCAUAUCACUACUCCCACCCACCUCUUGUGGAAAGGCUGCAGGCUCUGGAAGAUGCUGACAGCAAAAAAGAAGACUAAUCAGAACCCGUCAGAGCUGAUAUUGUUCUUGCAGAGCAAAACCCUGAUCCGUGCGUGAGGUUUCCAUAUGGAUUUCCGUGCCACGCACAAGGCACCGAUUCAGUGUUUGGACGUUGAGGGGCUUGAUACAGGAGAGUAUGGUCCAAGUUCUGUAAGCAUUCAGCACAAGCGUGCUGCGUGCAUACAGGGUAUCAGGGGCACAUAGAGGUGUUGCUGUUCAUCAAUCGACUUCCUAGAUGCAGUGAUGUAUUAGUGUUUCGAAUAUUGAGAAAUAUAAGCAAAUCAGCUAUUCAAACA